AUGAUGAACGCACGCAUGCUCUCCAAAGAUGACGAGGGGAUGGGAGGCAGCGAGGAGAAUGAGGUCCGCCGUGAGGACCAGGAGAAGAUUAACCGCUUUAGUCGGUUGCAUCAGCGCGAGAACGUGCUAGAGGAGCAAUUGAAGGCCAAGCAGAAGGAUAAGGAGGACCUCGAAGAAGUUUCUAUGGAGCUUGAACUUGCCGAUGAAGAUGAGCUCGUUCCCUACAAGAUCGGUGACUCCUUCUUUCAGCUCCCGCUCGCAGAUGCUCAGGCCAUGCUCUCUGCCUCCACAGAGCAGAUUGAUCAAGAUGUGUCGAAGCUGGAGGAGUCGAUUGGCGAGCUGCGCGACGAGUUGCAGCAGCUCAAGGUUUCCCUGUAUGCGCGAUUCGGACGAAGCAUCAACCUGGAGACCUAA